GGCAGUGGGGUCUCUCUCCCUCUCUCUCUCUCUCUCUCUCUCUCCGGUGCUGACUCGCGUCUCAUCGAGAAACAAACGACAAACACACACAUAGAGCAAACACACUUAAACACACACACACACACACACACACACACUCACACGCGCACACGCACAUACGCGCACACACUCUCUCGCGCGGUCCAGGAGUGCAUUUCUGCAGUGCAGGACUCUCUCUCUCUCUCUAUAUAUAUAUUUUCUCUUUUCUCAUUCUGGGACCGGGACUUCUUUCAUUUUUGCUUUUUUUGUAUUUACGAAAAAUAAAUGAAUAUCUGAUUUUCGGCUCCUUUUUGGAUGUUCAGAUUGGAAAUUGAAAGAAAUUGACCGGAGGAACUGCGCAGCCACGAGCGUCUCAACUUUCACAGGGACGGGGUGAUGUCUUUUUUCUUUUUCUUUCUUUCUUUUUGUCUUUUUUGGGGAGGGGCAAAAUAAAUCAAUAGAAAUAAAAUCCAGGGAGAAUUGUUUUGGGGACUAUUCCCUGCGCGCGGUGCGCAUCAAGUCCACCUUCAUCUGCUCUCCUGCUUCUUCAUCUUCUUCUUCUUCAUCAUCAAAAAAGCAAACUACAAGAACAGCAAAAAAAAAAAACAAGCAGAAAGAGAGAUCAGAUCGGCGACCAGAUCAUCAGACCAUGUCCAGCUUGGAUUGACGCGUAAUCGGACGUUUUCUCAUUUCUUCUUCUUCUUCUUUUUUUUUAAUUAGUCAGCUUGUUCCUGGUCUCUCGGAAGGAGGAGGAGGAGGAGGAGAAGGUGUUGGUCAUCAACUUUGAGGGUGAUGCCUGCCCUGCGAGCGCGUGUGUGUGUGUGUGCGCGCGCGGGGGUUUUCGGACGGAGAGAGAGAGCGUGUGUGUGUGUUUGCGCGCGCAUCCGUGCGUGCGUGCGUGCGUUUUUCCCCCCCUCGACCUCCUCGCGCUGAGCUUUAACAGAGCAGCGUGGGCUCCCUUCUUGCUUUCCUUCAACUUGUUGCACUCUUUCUCACCAUCUUCAUCAUCGUCACCUUCAACAUCAGCAUCGUCGUCGUGGUGGUCGUGGUUUUACUGAUGCGACCAACCAGAGGAGCUCCUGCAGGAACCGCAAUAACAACGACAGACAGGAAGAAGACGAUGAUUGACAGAAAGCAAAACUGAGACGGCUGUCCAUCAAAAGUAUCGGCCCACAGAAGACGACUCAUAUCAGACAUCUCCGUCGCUUUCUCUCUCUCUCUCUUUCUCCUUCAGUUCUCCCAGAGGAUCCGUAUAAAUAGUGUGUGUAGAAGAAGCUGGCAUGCUCCGUCACCUUUCGCACCUCUGGAUUAUUUCGUAAACUCAGACCCCUGAACAUACGCUUCACACACUCUCUCUGUAUUCGUAUUUGCUCGAUCUGUCUAUCCGUGCCCAGGCAGCCAUGCGGGUGUGGUUAAUGGUGACGCUCCAGGCGGCCUGGUCGUGCUUUUCGGGCCUGGCCAUGCAGCACUACCCUACGUGGGGCCACUACGACAUUUGCAAGUCGCAGCUUUACACGGAAGAUGGACUCACCUGGGAUUACAUGGCCUGCCAACCUGAGGCUGCAGACAUGACCCAGUACCUCAAGGUGACCCUCGACCCUCCGGACAUCACCUGCGGAAACCCGCCUGAGACCUACUGCGCUCUGGAAAACCCAUACAUGUGCAACAACGAGUGUGACGCCACCACGGAGGAACUUGCCCACCCUCCAGAACUUAUGUUUGACUUUGAGGGUCGCAACCCAACCACCUUCUGGCAGUCCAGUUCUUGGAGGAAGUACCCUAAACCCUUGGCAGUGAACAUCACACUAUCCUGGAACAAGACCAUCGAGCUGACAGAUGACAUCGUCAUCACUUUUGAGUCAGGCCGUCCUGAGCAGAUGGUCCUGGAAAAGUCUCUAGAUUAUGGGAAGACAUGGCAGCCAUACCAGUUCUAUGCCACUGACUGCUUGGACGCCUUCACCAUGGAUCCAAAGACGGUCCAGGACCUGUCCCAGUUCACACUCCUAGACAUCAUCUGCACAGAGGAGUACUCACGGGGCUACGUCUGGAAGUAUGACAAGACUGUGCGCUUCGAGAUCAAGGACCGCUUCGCGCUGUUUGCCGGACCACGUCUACACAACAUGGCGUCCUUAUACGGCCAACUGGACACCACAAAGAACCUCCGAGACUUCUUUACCAUCACAGACCUGCGUAUCCGGCUCCUCCGACCUGCCACUGGGGCCACCAUGGUGGAUGAGGGCAACUUGUCCAGAUAUUUCUAUGCUAUCUCUGACAUCAAGGUGCAUGGCAGGUGUAAGUGUAACCUGCAUGCGAACAGCUGUGUGUUUGAUAAGGAAAAGCUGAGCUGCGAGUGUGAGCACAACACCACAGGGCCCGACUGCGGACGCUGCAAGAGGAACUACCAAGGCCGAGCCUGGAGCGCUGGGAGCUACCUGCCUAUACCUAAAGGCACAGCUAAUAUCUGUGUGCCGAAUAACGUGGGUCCAGUGAACUGCGAGUGUUUCGGCCACUCGAACCGCUGCAGCUACAUCGAGCUGAUAAACACGGUGAUUUGCGUGAGCUGUAAGCACAACACUAGGGGGCAGCACUGUCAGCUCUGCAAGCUGGGCUUCUACCGCAAUGCUUCGGCCGAGCUCGACGAUGAGAAUGUGUGUAUAGACUGUAAUUGUAAUCCUUUGGGCUCAGAGAGCGACCGGUGUAAUGGCACAGGGUUCUGUGUGUGUAAGGGCGGAGCUACAGGCAGUAAGUGUGGCCAGUGUCUCCCUGGAUUUUUAUGGGACAAUGGCUGCAGAUCGCGGGUGUGUGACGACGAGCUGCUCCGAUGCCAGAACGGCGGCGUGUGCGUGAACAACGUGAGGUGUCAGUGCGCUCCUGGAUUCUCGGGCCUGCUGUGCGAGAAGGUUCAGUGCGACGGCGGAGUCGACUGCGGAUCGUCUGAUUCGGCUCGGACCUCCGUCCCAUCCUUCAUCAUCAUCAUCCUCCUCCUGCUGCUGCUGCGCUCCUCCUGAGCUUUAACACUCUGAGAAACACACACAAUACAGUGUUUUUUUUCUUUUUCCAUCUGAGCAAUCUCUAUCUCUCUCACACACACACACACACACACACACACACACACACACACACACACACACACACACACAAAAGCAGAUGAUCAGAUACUCUAAUUCGGGAGGACAAUGAAUAAAUAUAUAAAUAUUUAAAUAUAUAUAUAAAUAUAUAUAUAUAUAUAUAUAUAUAUAUAUAUAUAUAUAUGUAUAAAAAAAUAUUACAAAUCUAUAAAUAAAUAAACAAAGUUACAAGAUGUUAUUUAGAGAAUUUAUCUGAGCAUCGCUUUAUGAGAGCGUCAGCGUGAAGGAGUACGGUGGGACUAAGCCAUAGCCGAAACACAAACUCGCCCUUCCUCAUCCUCUUCAUCCUUACACUGGUUUCCUCCUCUUCGUCCUCCUCCACUCCAGCCACCAGAACCCCCUCCUUCUCCUUCUCCUUCUCCUCCUCCGCACCUUCACCCCGAACACCAAGACGCAAAAUCAUCCGAAAAGCAUCUUGCGACUUCCUGUUUAUCGCCAUGGUAACUUCGGGAUCGAGACGGCGAACGCCUGCGACUUUUGGACCACUUUUUUUUUUUCCCUUCACUCCGAGUGAACGUGUCCGGAUGUGUCGUGGACUACGUACGGAAAGUCGGAGAGAAAAAUAAAAGCGAAUAAAAAUGUAAAAAAUUUGAAAAGAAAUAAAAGACACGAGGGGGAAAAAGAAAUCAUGAACAUUCUUUGCUGUCGGUGCAUCGUGGAGACGCGAGCGAGACGCGAGCUAAACGCGAGUGAGACACGAGCGAGACGCGGUUGGAGAAAAUCCAUCAGCUCGUGUUUGGUGGAGAAAAAAAAAGCCUCGACGAUCACUUUAUUCCCCAUUGAUUUUUUUUGUUUUUUAUUUGGUUUUUUUUUAAUUAUUAUUAUUAUUAUCGUUUUUUUUGUCGUCCGAUGUCAGAGUCAGUGCGCCAUUUGUGUAUUCGCUGUCCCCCAAAAUAUAAAUAAUCAAUCAAUCAAUAAAUAAAUCCAUGGCGAAGUGCUUAAAGAAAACCA